AUGGCCAGUCUAAACGCUGUUCUGUUGCCCAAGGCGGCAACCGCCUCCGCAUCAAUCUCGGCGCUCACUCCGCGGGCCCUCGGCAGCAAGUCGCACAUUGCACAGUCGCUGCCCGUUAGACGCGCAAGGCGUGGGCAGCAGCCCGAGUACCCCGACAAGGCGGCGCUCGCCGCCGCGCUCGAGGAGCUCGAGCGGUGCCCGCCGCUGGUGUUCGCGGGCGAGGCGCGCGCGCUGGAGGAGAAGCUGGGGGAGGCGGCUCUGGGGAAGGCGUUCCUGCUGCAGGGCGGCGACUGCGCGGAGAGCUUCAAGGAGUUCCGCGCGGACAACAUCCGCGACACCUUCCGCGUGCUGCUGCAGAUGGCCGUCGUCCUCACCUUCGGCGGCCAGAUGCCCGUCAUCAAGGUUGGGCGCAUGGCGGGGCAGUUCGCCAAGCCGCGUUCCGACCCCCUGGAGACGCGCGGCGACGUGAGCCUGCCGUCGUACCGCGGCGACAACAUCAACGGCGACGCUUUCACACCCGAGUCGCGCGUGCCCGACCCGCAGCGGCUGGUGAAGGCGUACAGCCAGGCGGCGGCGACGCUGAACCUGCUGCGCGCGUUCGCGACGGGCGGGUACGCGGCGAUGGAGCGCGUGAGCAAGUGGGAGCUCGCCUUCAUGGAGAACCAGGAGCAGGCCUCAAGAGUUUCUCGAAACGGAGAUGCCAGACGUCCAGACCCCUUUCUCCCCCUCCCCCUACCAUCCCUUCCUACCCCCCUUUCUCCCUUCCUCCGCUCCUCCUCCCCCAUCCUCUCUCCCCUGGCCGCGCGCGCGCGUGGCAGGUACGAGGAGCUGGCGUCGCGCGUGGAUGAGGCGCUGGGGUUCAUGGCGGCGUGCGGGCUGACGGCGGAGCACCCCAGCAUGCGCUCCACCGACUUCUUCACGUCGCACGAGUGCCUGCUGCUUCCCUACGAGCAGGCGCUCACCCGUAUCGACUCCACCACCGGCCGCUGGUACGACUGUUCGGCGCACUUCAUCUGGGUGGGCGAGCGCACACGGCAGCUGGACGGCGCACACAUUGAGUUCCUCCGCGGCGUCGCCAACCCCCUCGGCAUCAAGGUGCGCACGCUCUGCCAUGCCAUGCACUCGGUUAUCACAUGGGUUCUCACUCUAACAGGCUCUCAUGCCACACCCAGCAGCGGCAGCGGUAGUCCCAUGCGAGAAUGUGUUGGGGGUGGGAACUGGUUGGCAGUUGCAGUGGUGCGCCGUGCUGCCGUUAGUGGAGUGCCAGUGAGUGACAAGAUGCCCCCGCAGGACCUGGUGGAGGUGUGCCACAUCCUCAACCCCGACAACCGCCCCGGCCGCCUCACAGUGAUCGUGCGCAUGGGCGCGGAGAAGCUGCGCGAGAAGCUGCCGGCGCUGGUGCAGGCGGUGGAGCGCGAGGGGCUGGUGGUGACGUGGGUGUCCGACCCCAUGCACGGCAACACCAUCAAGGCUCCCAACGGCUACAAGACCCGCGACUUCAACUCCAUCCGGGUGGAUUGCCUCGGCCUGACACACGAGGCAAGGCACCACACAGCAAUACGCUUGGAUUACCCAUGGCUCAUGCUCUUUCGCUCAUUCAACCUCCCUCCCGGACCAUCACCUUCCCGUCCCCAUCAGGCGGAGCUGAGGGCGUUCUUUGACGUGCAUGAGGAGCUGGGAACACACCCAGGGGGAGUGCACCUGGAGAUGACGGGGCAGAACGUGACGGAGUGUGUGGGCGGCACCAAGGAGGUGACCUUUGACGACCUGUCGUCGCGCUACCACACGCACUGCGACCCGCGCCUCAACGCCUCCCAGAGCCUCGAGCUCGCCUUCCUCAUCGCUGACCGCCUCCGACGAGGCCGCGGCAAAGCCCUCGCUCUGGCUCCAGGAGUGAUGAGGGGGAGUGGUUGCUCUAGAGGAGUGUCUCAACCAGACAGGCUCCCACGGCAGUCGACGCCGUCAACCACCGUCGACCUGACCGGCGGAUAG